AUGCCAUUAUAUCUAGUUACAAAAGCUACACUUUCAGAGAACGUGUCCAGGGUCUCAAUUGAAAACACCAAUGAGUCAAGAGCAGAGUUUACUUUCGAUUUACAAUGUACCGAUUGCAGAGAAUUACACGAUUCUAAAGUUAUGAUCAAUUCAUUCGAAGAGCAUGCAAUGCCGUCUUCUAAGGGAACCGCAUCCUUCUUAAUGAAAUGCAAAUUCUGUUCCAAGGAGUUGUCUGUGAGUGUGGCCAUUUUUGAGAGUGAGUACGUAGUUGACCAGAACGAUGAGGCGUGGGCUAAGAUCAAAGAAGUGAGGAAGAAACAUGGUCUAUCCAAGGUGAAGGAAGAUUCAUUUGUUCCGCUAAGCCUUGAUUGUAGAGGGUGUGAGCUGGUCAGAUUCCAUCCAGAUAAUCUGAUAUUUGAAAUUUCACUGAGCUCAGGAAAAAUGAUGUCAUGCCAACUGGAGGAUAAUGAGUUAUACGAUUAUGAUGACGACUCUGGAGAGGAAGUAACGAUGACUGAGUUCUCAUCGGACUUUGUUAAGGGUAAAUGA